AGGCGCGAAGUACUGGGAUUGGCGGUGGUGGGCUAAUUGUCGCGCGGGGAUUGGUGGCUCCAUCGCUCUGUCGAUAAGCUGGCUGCGUACGGGGAGUGGGUUUGCGUAGGGCUGGAGGGUCUCCUAGACUGAGUGGGGAGGGCAAAAGAAAUCUGUCAUGGCGCGGGUGUCAGUCCUGGGAGUUUCGUUGCUGGAGAACCCGAGCCCCUUCGGCCACCCGCUCCGCUUCCAGGUGCAGUUCGAGUGCGGAGAGGCGUUGCCUCAUGAUUUGGAGUGGAAGAUCAUCUAUGUGGGCUCUGCAGAGAGUGAGGAAUAUGACCAAGUUCUUGAUUCAGUUCUGGUGGGACCUGUUCCAGCUGGGAGGCAUAUGUUUUUGUUUGAAGCCAAUGCUCCCAACCCCGAACUAAUCCCUGAAAGUGAUGCUGUGGGAGUUACAGUAAUACUCAUCACUUGCACUUACCUGGGCCAAGAGUUCAUCCGCAUUGGGUACUAUGUCAACAAUGAAUAUAUGGAUCCUGAGCUAAGAGAGAACCCACCCCUCAAGCCAGACUUCUCCCAGCUGCAGAGGAAUAUCCUAGCCUCCAACCCCAGAGUCACCCGUUUCCAUAUCAAUUGGGAUGGUCCUAGAGACCAAAUGGACAAUAUUGAAAAUGUAGAUCCAGGGCCUGAUAGCUUCCUAUCUCCUAGCUGUGCCUACAUCAAAGGGUUGGCCCCUUCCAUGAGUCUGCAACCAGAGAAUUCCAUGGACUGUAUGUGAUCCAAGCACAAGAAUCUUAAGAACCAUUCACAGUGAAGAGCAACUGACAAGCUUUUGCAGGCAAUGUAGGAGGGGGUUGGGUACCCUGGCCAGUGAAGCAUCUGACAUGUCUAUGUAGACAGACAAUUCAGAGUUCUUUUCCUAUUGGGGUUUGUGACAGAUCUGCCUUCCUGACCAUAGGUCUGUUGUUCUGCCGUAGCAUUUCAUGGUCAAUAUGUGAAUCCUUCAGCCACUGACCUUUGACAGGCAUUUAGUCUAGAUGACUGAGCAAAUAAGAAUCGUUUGUUCCCCUCCUUUGUGCCAGAUGUUCUGAAGGCUGCUUUUUUCCCCCUGAGUAACAAUUUUCUGGGAUCUAGCAUAGUGGGUGCCUUCACUUCAAGACAGUUUUUUAUGCCAACACAGCUAAGCCUUGAUGAGUUGCUUUUGACAGAAUGGCUAGAUAUUGUAGCCAGGUCUUGAUGCCCCUCAGGUGUAGAUAAUUCAAUCCCCCUUUUACAACCAUUGUUUUGCUCUUGUGCUUAGUAAAAGGUGAUGGAAGAUGAAAUAGGAGCAGUAUAGCUUGCUUAUUACAUGAGGGUUCUAAUGCUGUUUUUGAAAGCUCACCUAGUUAGUACCAGUUGGCUUUGUUUCUACCACUAUCCCAAAAGCUGCUCAAGGCCAGGGCCAGCAGGAAUUGUAUCAACUCCUUUAUGCAGUGGCUAAGUUUACAAAUCCCUUCACAGAUGCCCUUGCCCAUAGGAGUAUUGAACAUACCUUUCUCAUAAGGUCUGCACUUGUUUAUUCUGGCCUGCCUCCAGUCCUGCUUCCUUGUUUUCAGUUACUCUAUACCCUGAUACUUGACCUGGCUAUCUCUCUCCCUGGUAUUGUAGAGAUGAAUGCUGCAUAUAGGUCUUUUAAACAUUUUCACAUAUGUCCAACCAAUAAAACUUUUGAACAAA